CACACUUUAUUCAAUUGUGGGGGCAAAGGGAGGGAAAGGGGCAAUUUGGGCACAAGAUCUUCAUAAAUUCACAUGCCAAAGCUGGGUACUUUAAAGUACUGAAGAAAGCACUAGGCAAGGAGAGUGAGAGAAAAGUAACCCUCGUCCUUCCUCAUCAUCAACUUCAUCAUCACGAUCAAAGUUUGGUGUAGACUCUUGAUAUAGAGAGAGGAGCACUUGAUGCCAUUGUAUACUUAGAAUCUAUGUCAGAGCUCAUAUCAACAACUAUUUUGGUUUCUUCCUCCGAUAGUUGCAUCCACUCCCUCUUCAUUUGACUUAAGGCUUCAGAGAUCUCUCAUGCUUCUCUUUGUCUGGUUACCCUUGUGAGUAUGCGGCUUUGUGGGUAUCCUUUGUUGAUUUGUUCUUCUUUCAUCACCUUUCUUAUCUCCAUCAUGAUACCCUUUUCUUUGCCUACCCUUUGGUCUUGAGAACUUGGGGUCCUCACAAGCAUAAAGUUGUCAAAGCCUUUGUUUCUUCUUGGAGUUCGUGAUUUGUUCUUUGUGAGCAAUGAAGAUGGCUUGUGAUCUUGAAGUUGAUGUCAAUGGGGAAGAGACCUUCUUUGUGGAUAAGGAAAUUCUUUCUUCCUUUUGUGGUAGACUAAGUGAACUAUUCAGCAAGCCUUCAGUAAUGGAGACGGCAAAGACUCUGAAAGUAGUUCUCCAUGAGUUACCAGGGGGGGCUGAGGCUUUUGAGCUCAUAACAAGGUUUUGCUAUGGCGGUGGCAGGGUUAAAUUGAAUCCAACUAACACUUGCAUCCUUCAUUGUGCUGCCCAUUUCAUGGAUAUGAACAAGGAAGGCCUAAUCAAAGAGACAGAGAAAUCCCUUGAAGGGAUUUCAUAUUGGAUGUGGACGGAGGUUAUUCAUUCUCUGAAACAAUGCCAGGAUUUUAUUCUGAUUGCUAGCUCCUCUGGUGUCUUAGACAAGGUCUUGGAUUCUCUAGUAGGAAGAAUUGCUACUCCAGUUGAUGCUAGUCCUACUAGUUCUUCACCCGAAAGCUCAGGUUUUCGGUUCUCAUUUGACACGAGAAGCACUUUCAGUGGAAAGAUUGGUCAUUAUCGAACUUGGUGGUUCGAAGAUCUCACUAGUUUAAGUCUUCAGAUGGUAGAGAAAGUUGUCGAGCUUAUGAUUCAGCGAAAAUUUGACCAUGUUUCAAUAGGCAGGUUUCUAUUAUACUAUCUCAAGGUCAGUCUUGCCAAUUCUACACCUGAAGAGAAGAGGAAGACUACAGAGGCUGUUGUUGAUUUGCUCUAUUCUCUUGACAGAAGUUCUGUGCCUUGCAAGAGCUUGUUCGGGAUUCUUCGAGGUUCUUCCUCACAAAAUCUUAGCAAAUUGUGUAGAAAUAGAUUGGAGAGUAUGAUCGGCAUGCACAUUGAUCAAGUCACAUUGGAUAAUUUGCUUGUUCCAGCACCGACGGGGACUGAGAGUUUGUAUGAUGUGAAUCUAGUCCUUCGGUUCUUGCAAUUUUUCCUUGAUAAUGGCGGGCGAAAAUCAGUAGAUCGAGUGAAGAAAGUAGGGAGCUUGACUGACUUGUAUUUGACUGAAGUUGCUCCAGAUUCCGGCUUGAAACCCUUGAAAUUUAUCGCGCUAGCCUCCAUUUUGCCUGAUGAAGCAAGAGACUGUAACGAUGCACUCUAUCGAGCUAUUGACAUGUAUCUUGAGGUACAUACUAGACUCUCUGAAGAAGAGAAGAUGAAGAUAUGUUGUUCUAUUAACUACGAAAAACUCUCAUCAGAAACCUGCAAGCAUCUCGCCCAAAACUCAAAAUUUCCAUCCAGAACAGCAAUUCAAGCUCUCGUCUCUCAACAUUCAAAGCUCAAAAACCUUCUGAAGGAUACCAACAACCUUAGGCUACUUGGCAAAGGAAGUGACAGCGAUGAACAGAUAAUUCUCUAUGCAAAGAAGCUCGAUCUCUCAACAGAGAACGAGAAGCUUCGAGCAAAUCUAGAGGGAAUGCAAUGGAAGGUUAUGGAGCUUGAGAAGGUUUGUAGAAAGAUGCAAGUUAAGAUGGCGAAGAUGGCGAAGGCCAAGCUACGGAGCAAUAGGAAGUCAUCUAGAUCAUUACCAAAACUUUGUUCUUGAUUAUGAAGUAUUUCAUAGUAUAGAUACUAAGUUUGUACAUAGAGUUGGUAUUACAAGAGGGUUCCACUAUAACUACUAUUGUUCUUGCCUUCUGCAUGGAAGAGUAAAAAGCUGAACAAAAGUGGGGGGCUUGUGUAGAUGAGUGUGGGAGAUCAUUGUGCUAUUGGUGCUUUUGAUUGUUGACAAAUCUAUUUGUACAGUUGUUUGAGAAAUUUUGGCUCUUCUUUUGUUAUUUUAGCCCAUGCUGUUAUCA